AUGUCUUCCCUCCGCCGCAAACCCUCCACCUCACGCAUCGAAAAAGCCCUCGACGCAGACCUCGAUCCCACCAUCUCCAACCCCGACCUCGACCGCCGCUUGAACCGCAAAUUCGACACGCGGAUCCUGCCAUGGCUAUUCGGCAUCUGGCUGUUUAGCUUCAUCGACCGCAGCAACAUCGGCAACGCGCGCAUCGCAGGCCUCACGCAAGACCUCAAUAUCACCACGGGGACUUCCUUCAACAUUGCCCUGCUCGUCUUCUACAUCCCCUACAUCCUCGUCGACGUCCCCUCCAACCUGCUCGUUAAGCGGCUGCGCGCAGGCGUGUAUCUGCCCGCGCUGAUCACGUUGUGGGGGAUCGUUUGUUUGUGCUUGGGCUUCGUGACGAGUUUCGCGGGGCUGAUUGCAUGUCGGUUACUGCUUGGGUUAUUCGAGGGGGGGAUUCUGGGCGGCGUGAUUAUCUACUUGGCCAUGUUCUAUCGCAGGCAUGAUAUGAUGUUGCGGAAUGGGCUGUUUUACUGCGCGGCGCCGUUAAGUGGGGCGUUUGGAGGGUUGUUGGCGUCUGGGUUGGCGAAGAUUGAGGUUGGGGGAUAUGAGAAGUGGCCUUGGAUUUUCUUCAGUAUGUUCUCUUGGAUACUUGUGUGUGAGAAGGAAAUGCUGAUUGUCUUACUAGUUGAGGGAGCAAUGACGGUCGUUUUUGGCAUUGUUUGCUUCUUCUUCAUGCCUGAUACGCCUGCUGCUGCCGGCUUCUUGACCGAUGAAGAGAAAGAGUGGGCACUUCUGCGGAUGAGACUCGAUGGCGGAGGCUCAACUACAGCAACUGCCGUUGAAGAGGAAAAGUUCAGUUGGUACUGGGCAAAGAUGGCUUUGCUGGCACCCCAGACGUACUUCUGCUCCUUCAUUUGGUUCUUCUUGCUCGUGCCACUUUACAGCUUCACUCUCUUCCUCCCGUCUAUCAUCUCUGGAAUGGGAUACACUUCUACUACUGCUCAGCUGUUCACUGUGCCUCCAAACAUGGCAGCUUUCGUCACUGUCAUAGUGACAGCAUACUACUCCGACAAGGUGAAGAAUCGAGGCUAUUUCAUCAUUGGUGGCGCAAUUGUAGGCAUAUGUGGAUACAUCAUGCUUCUCGUAGCAAAGACGAACGCUGUGCGCUACGCUGGGACUUUCCUCGUUGCAAUCGGUGUUUUCCAAGGCUCGCCUAUGAUCAUGGCCUGGAUCUCUAACAACGUCGCGCCGCACUAUGUCCGCGCCGUUGCAGUUGGCAUGGUGAUCUCAAUAGCAAACUGCUCAGCCUUCAUAGGUACCUUCAUCUACCUCCAGCGUGAUUCACCAAAGUACGUUCUGGGCCAUGCGGUGUCCUUGGGGGCAUUGGUACUCACAGUGAUUCUUGCGGGUGGACAGAUUAUGUACCUGCAAUGGGAGAACAAGAAGCGAGAUAGAGGUGAGCGAGAUGAUCGUCUUUGUGAGGAGAAUGAAGGAAGGCUGGGUCAUCAACAUCCAAACUUUAGAUACACGCUGUAG